AUGGUUGGGGCAUUUCUUGACAAGACAGGCCAUCGCCAUUCGCUGGCGUCGUCUAUGUUCCGCGAUGCAUUUGUUGCCGUUGCAACUGUUGUUUUUGCGUAUGCAGGACAUGUUGCCUUCUUCACAUUGUUUCCGGAGUUCCGAGAUGUGAAAGCUUACCCGAAAGCAUUAGUACUGUUGCAACUGAGUAAAAUAAUGCUCUAUAGAGCAACGGCCAUUGUAAUAUACAAGUUGUUUGGGCCGGAUGUCACUAUCUCUCUACUCAGCUGGGCCAUUGUCCAGGAUGAUCUCGCAUGGGAGUGCAAUUCCAACAGCGAGCGGACUGUCAUUACUCUUCUCAGUCAACUAGUUAAACACACAAGCAAGUCUGUGAUUGCAGGAGUUGUCAACACCCAUGUCGCGGCGAAACGCCAUGCACUCACAUUUAUUCAGGGCAAUGUCCCUAUAUGCGCCAUUAACUGGCUCGGUGCAUGGAUACUAGUAGAAAGCAUACCAGUAUUUAACGAUGUAUCAGGGUUUGCGAGUCCGAGACUUUCCUUGCCCGGGAUCAUUCUAACAGGUCAUGUACUACCCAUAACUGGCCAGGCCAAGAAGAGAAAUGAUGAACAGAUCAACAGUAAGGCCUGUGUUGUCUGCUACGAUCUUCUCUUCUUCUUGACUCUGUUGAUGAUUUGA